AUGCCGGUCCGCACCGAGUGUCCCCCGCCGGCCGGUGCCUCGGCUGCCUCUGCGGCCUCUCUCAUCCCGCCACCGCCUAUCAACACCCAGCAGCCCGGCGUGGCCACCAGCUUGCUCUACAGCGGCUCCAAGUUCCGCGGCCACCAGAAAAGCAAGGGGAACUCAUACGACGUAGAGGUGGUGCUGCAGGAGUAUCCAACUCUUACAACCUUUUUUGAAGGAGAAAUAAUCAGCAAAAAACACCCUUUCUUAACUCGCAAGUGGGAUGCAGAUGAAGAUGUUGAUCGGAAGCACUGGGGCAAGUUUCUGGCUUUUUAUCAGUAUGCAAAAUCAUUUAAUUCAGAUGACUUUGACUAUGAAGAACUAAAGAAUGGGGAUUAUGUCUUCAUGAGGUGGAAGGAUCAUGAUACACUUGUAAAAAGCAGGAGUGCCACAGCUCCAGCGCACACAUGGGAGCAGUUCUUGGUCCCAGACCAUACAAUCAAAGACAUCAGUGGUGCUUCCUUUGCCGGGUUCUAUUACAUCUGCUUUCAGAAGUCAGCAGCCUCCAUAGAGGGCUACUACUAUCAUCGGAGUUCAGAAUGGUAUCAGUCCCUCAACCUGACCCAUGUUCCCGAACACAGUGCACCCAUCUAUGAGUUCCGGUGACAGCGGUUCAGAACAGCAGCCAAAUAAAACUGACCUUGGCAACCAAGAGCUUUGCCACAAAAAUUGUGUACCUGCCAGAACCAGGAGAGGUGUGUUCCUGUUUCGUCACAAGCAGACUCGCAUCAGAAAGCAUGAAUGUUAACCCACAGAAUCCAAGGAGCAUGGCCAACCAGAUCGGCAAGGCAGGCAGAGGGAGCUGUCGGUUCCCUUGCUCCUCCCUCUGUGGCAAUGUGGUCGUCAUCUGUUUCUAAGCUACCUUAAACGCACUUUCCUUUCUGCACAGCUAACUUCUGCAUCACUGAAAUGCCGUCCUUCCUCGAUCCACCUCCAGCCUAAUGGAAGGUCAGCUCCCAGGUCUCCUCAGCCUUGGUGCUCAGUGGUCCCCAUCCAGGCCCUGCUCCUCCCCCAUUGCUUGUCCAGUAGCCCCAGAAAAGGCAGAGCCCCAGCACCUCUGUGCCCCAGAGCUCUGCGAGGAGUUGGCCAGCCCCAGCAUCUGCCGCCAAUGAAAUGAGGCGGGACCCUGCUGGACCUCAUCGGUCUUUGGUUCUGAUUCCAGGGAUGCUUUGUGGGGUCAGUGGCGCUGCUAAGCCCUGAACUGUAAGCAGCGUGAAGCUAGCAUGUGGCUGUCAGGUUCCUGGGCCUGCCUUCGGGGAUCACUAUAUGUAAGGCUUCCAGAUCCCUGGCAGGAACAUAUCCCAAACCUGCUUACUCAGUAAGUUUGCUCCAAACUUUUGAACAAGAGGGCAAUACAAAACUUAAAAAUAAGAGUUUUUUUAUGACAAAAUUAUUUUUAUGGUCCCUUUAAAUGAGGACCCUAUGGCAAAUGCACAAUUAUUCAGAAUUACAUUUUAUCGUUUUCACAUUGAAAACAGCAAAUGUUGACUUAGUAAUUUUUAUAUCUAUAUGUAUAUGUAUAUUUAAUCAACCAGCAGUUUUAAAACAAGUCAUCUUGGUACAGAAGUUUUGCAGCACCGCAUAAAUUAUAGUGCUAAACACAGGAACUGUUUUGGGGGCCAGUUUAGCGUUUGUACCUCCUCCUUUUGCUACUCAAAACAGCAGUGCUUCAUGGCAACCUUUUCCAUGAGGCGGAAGGGGUCUUUGUUCUGAGAAAUAAUGACUCUGAAAUGUUGGGAUGAGGGGGUGAACAUGCUCCGAUAACUAGAGGCUCAUGUGCCAAAGUGUGUGUGUCUGCGUGCGUGUGUGUUUUGUUUUUGUUUUUCUAAAUGUUUAAAAAAGCUAAAAUGGGUUGGUAUCAGUUUUAGCCCACAGAGAUGGGCAAGGUUGUGGGAGUGGGAAUUUGACUUUUUU